AAACCGUGUAAGCUAUAAAGAAGUUACAGGGGAGCGUUUUAGACUUCCAAUUAGGAAUAAUACUAGCUUCGAAGCAACUACCGAGGAGGAGGAUUCUAAAACCACCUCACCCGUCCCAAGGCCCGCAUUCCCCUCCUUCUCUCAUGCACCCCUCCCCCAAUUCAUAACCAUGAAAAAGGAGCCAGGGCGCGCUCUGCUCCUCUCUGCGAGUGGAAAGCCGAGAGGCCCGCGGAGUUGCUUAGUUGGACGGUAGGCAUGAGUGCAAUUAAGAGGCGGGCGCCUCUGCACCUUUUGCCGCCAGCGGGGACUGAAGCGGCCUGAAAGAAGUUGUCUGGGAUUCCUGUUCCCCCCAAAAGGGCUCGGAGCCGCCUCCAAUGCCGCGAGACUGAAGAGUAAACGUCGGGGGUUAUUAUGUCGAUUUUUCGAGGACCCGGGUUCGCAGCGCGGAAUCGAAGAAAAGUCUGGCUCCUCAGGGGUCCUGCUGGCAUUUGACACCCGGAGCCCCCCAGGAUUGCCCAAAUUGCCGUGGAUCAGCAACUUUCCUAUACUCAAGAAAAUAUUUUCAUUUCGCAGCUCUGGCCUUUUAACUACCAUCUGUACAUUCUCUUCGGUGCGAAGACUUCAGCCUCUUCGUUCCAAGUAUGCUUUAUGUUUUUGUCAAAAAUGAUCUCUAAUUGAAAGUUUAUUUUUGGUUUUGGAUGAAUCUGUGGAGCUUACGUUGUAAGAAAAAAGGGGGAACGAGACACAAUGAAAGAGAAGUCCAAAAAUGCUGCCCGGACUAGGAGGGAGAAGGAAAACAGUGAAUUUUUUGAACUGGCUAAAUUACUGCCUUUGCCCUCGGCUAUCACCUCGCAGCUGGACAAAGCAUCCAUAAUCAGACUCACCACCAGCUAUCUCAAAAUGAGAGUGGUGUUCCCGGAAGGGCUCGGCGAGGCGUGGGGCCACUCGAGUCGGACCAGCCCCCUGGACAACGUGGGUCGCGAACUGGGCUCCCACCUGCUCCAGACCCUAGAUGGCUUCAUCUUUGUGGUGGCCCCAGAUGGGAAAAUCAUGUACAUCUCGGAGACAGCCUCAGUCCACCUGGGUCUUUCUCAGGUAGAACUGACCGGGAACAGUAUUUAUGAAUACAUUCACCCGGCUGACCACGACGAGAUGACCGCGGUACUCACGGCCCACCAACCCUACCACUCUCACUUCGUACAGGAGUACGAGAUGGAGCGCUCCUUCUUCCUGAGGAUGAAGUGCGUCUUGGCCAAGAGGAAUGCAGGCCUCACCUGCGGUGGCUACAAGGUCAUUCACUGCAGUGGCUACCUGAAGAUCCGACAGUACAGCCUGGACAUGUCCCCCUUCGACGGCUGCUACCAGAAUGUGGGUCUGGUGGCCGUGGGCCACUCGCUGCCACCCAGCGCUGUCACGGAGAUCAAGCUGCACAGCAAUAUGUUCAUGUUCCGCGCCAGCCUGGACAUGAAGCUCAUCUUCUUGGACUCCAGGGUGGCAGAGCUGACGGGGUACGAGCCUCAGGACCUGAUUGAGAAGACCCUGUACCACCACGUGCAUGGCUGCGACACCUUCCAUCUGCGCUGCGCGCACCAUCUGCUGCUGGUGAAGGGGCAAGUGACUACCAAGUACUACAGGUUCCUGGCGAAGCACGGUGGCUGGGUGUGGGUGCAGAGCUACGCGACCAUCGUGCACAACAGCCGCUCGUCCAGGCCACACUGCAUCGUCAGCGUCAACUACGUUCUCACAGACACAGAAUACAAAGGCCUGCAGCUCUCCCUGGAUCAGAUCUCAGCCUCCAAACCAGCCUUCUCCUAUGCCAGCAGCUCUACCCCCACCAUGACUGACAACAGGAAGGGGGCCAAGUCCCGGCUCUCCAGCUCAAAGUCAAAAUCCAGGACUUCCCCAUACCCUCAGUAUUCAGGAUUUCACACGGAAAGAUCUGAAUCUGAUCAUGACAGCCAGUGGGGUGGAAGUCCCCUGACAGACACAGCCUCUCCACAGCUCCUGGACCCCGCGGACAGGCCCAGCUCUCAGCAUGACACGUCGUGUGCCUAUAGACAGUUCUCAGACCGCAGCUCUCUGUGCUACGGCUUUGCGCUCGACCAUUCCAGGCUGGUGGAGGAGAGGCAUUUCCACACCCAGGCCUGUGAGGGAGGCCGGUGCGAGGCAGGCAGGUACUUCCUGGGAAAGCCACAGGCCAGGAGGGAGCCCUGGUGGGGCUCUCGAGCAGCCUUGCCCCUAACUAAGGCCUCCCCAGAGAGCAGAGAAGCCUAUGAAAACAACAUGCCUCACAUCGCCUCAGUCCACAGGAUCCACGGGCGAGGUCAUUGGGAUGAAGAUAGUGUGGUCAGUUCUCCAGACCCCGGGUCUGCCAGCGAAUCAGGCGACCGAUAUCGCCCUGAGCCAUAUAGUAGCCCACAUGAACCUAGCAAAAUUGAAACUCUUAUAAGAGCCACCCAGCAGAUGAUUAAAGAAGAAGAGAACAGAUUGCAGCUAAGGAAAGCACCCCCAGACCAACUGGCUUCCAUUAACGGAGCUGGGAAAAAACACUCCCUCUGUUUUGCAAACUACCAGCAGCCCCCACCAACAGGCGAAGUCUGUCACAGCUCUGCUCUUGCCAGUACUUCACCAUGUGACCAUAUCCAGCAGAGAGAGGGAAAGAUGCUGAGCCCCCAUGAAAAUGACUAUGACAACAGCCCCACUGCACUGUCUCGGAUAAGUAGCCCCAGUUCAGAUCGCAUUUCAAAAUCCAGUUUGAUCCUAGCCAAAGACUAUCUACAUUCGGAUAUAUCGCCUCAUCAGACAGCAGGAGACCAUCCUGCCGUCUCUCCAAACUGCUUUGGCUCUCACCGGCAGUAUUUUGAUAAGCAUGCUUACACAUUAACUGGAUACGCCCUGGAGCACUUGUAUGACAGCGAAACCAUUAGAAACUAUUCCUUGGGCUGUAAUGGCUCACACUUUGACGUAACUUCCCAUCUAAGGAUGCAGCCAGACCCUGCACAAGGACACAAGGGAACAUCUGUUAUAAUAACCAAUGGAAGCUGAUGUUUUUCUAAAAUAUUUUGUUCUUUAAGGAUCUCUGAAACAUAUUUAUGUUUGAAUGCCCCAUUACCAGCAUUUACUAUGCCACAGAAUAUUAGUGAGGAUAACCUAAGUUACUCGGUAUUUGACAUGUGUUCCUGUAAAAACAAAGAAAACAUAGCACUAAUAUUCAGAGUUAUAUGCAGAUAAUGGAGCUAAAGUGAAUACACAAAUUGCCCCUCUAAUUAUAUGGAAAGUAGAAUAGAUAAAUUCUGAACUGAAAAAUACUCAUGUAGAUCAAGUGGUCAGUCUAUAUACCCCAUGAAAGGACUGAUAGAUGACAACAUCACAUUUUGACGAUCCAGUGAACAUCACACACUCAGACUGCUAUUCACAAACUGCUGUGCACAUGUCACAUGUAGAAAUACAGAAUUUGUGCCAUAAAAUACACAAAAAGUGUGUAACUUUUCUUACCCUAGCCUAUUAAGCUUCUAAAUGAUGUAAAGAAAUUUCUAUCCCCAAAAUUACGAGAAACAGAGAGAGAGAGAGAUACAUCUUGUGAACUUCUUUCUUUGUGGUUGCAACAAGCAAGCUCAUUUGGCUCAGGCAUAAAUUAAGGAAAUGGUUCUGGAUAUGGUACAAGAAUGAGUUUUCACCUGGUAUCCAUUAUCAGCAAUCAGGAAGUGGUGAUUUUUCACCUUACUUUGGAGUUCGACAACGAACAGUGUUGCAUUGACAUAGCAGUAAUACUUUUGCUAAAUAGAAGCACUGAGAUAUCGGGACACACAUCAAAAACCUCAAUCGGUGUGCUCAACUGGAAGUAGUUUACUGAAGGUAGAAAUACCAUAGGCAGACAAAAAUGAAACAAUAUCUAAAAACAAACAAGCAUUCAGCGUAUGUGUGCCACAUAGUAAUCAACACAUUUGAGGCUUAUAAAACCAACCAGACAAAAAAUUCAAACCAAUUCACCAAGAAAAAAGCACGAUGAGUAAGUUAUGAAAAAUAACCAAGGGAAACCAGGAAAGUGCUAUAUGAAAGCAGUGUGUUUGCAAACGUUUCAAAACACAGAUGUGCAAAUGUGACAACAUGUGGAACGCCUCAGUAGAGAGUCUAAGAGAAAAGCUUAGGCUGAUAGACAAGAGGUUAAAAGGGGCAAGAGUAGUACUCUGAUGGAAGGAGCAGGAAAAGUGUCUGUAAACAAACAGACUUGUGGUAUAGUAGAGAGACCAACAAGACUAGAUGUCAAGAUCUCUAGGUUCCAGUUCUGACCCUGCCUGUCAUUUAUUUUGUGACCAUAGAUGCAUUACUUAUCACAUCUAGAUGAUGUUUCCUGAUCUGUAAGGAAGCUCCAAAAUUCCGUGGUUCUGUGGUUCAUUAGAGCAGCAGAACUGAACUUGUUACCUAGUUAAUGUUCUGCUGUGAGUUGUCAAGACUGAUCAUGAUGGCUUUUCUGCACUCACACAGAAGUUUAGCUGCCUUGUAGCUCAAGCAGGUGCAUGGGCUUUUUUGGCA